AUGUCAGUAUUGCGUAUGGGGAAUACACAUAGUGUAUCGCCUAAACAUUCUAUACCAGCUCUAACAUCUUUUAAUUCCAUAACUCCUUUGUAUGAAGCAUGUCGUGAUGGAAAUGAAGAAGCAGUUCAAAAUCUUUUACAAAAAUAUUCUCAUACUGAUUUAAAUCGACAAGAAUAUUCAUUUAAUGGAAAUACAUGUUUACAUAUUGCUGCUGCAAAUGGUCAUGAUAAUAUUGUUAAACUUUUACUUAAACAUGGUUGUUAUCGAUCAUCACUUCUUAAUUUACAAAAUCAAAGUGCUUAUGACAUGGCAUCAUCAAGUAAAGAAUCUACACGUCUAUUAUUUCUUCGUCAAAAUGAAACUGAUUCAUCAACAAAAGGUUCUUCACGAUUUGUUGAACAAAAUGCAUCAGAAUGUUUUGAUGUAUUUAAGGUUGAAGAGAAUCUAGAUGGUAGUCGUGAUCAUAUUGAUGAUAAAAAACCAACAACUACUGCAAGAAUACCUACUAUACAAACAUAUAAAAACGAGCAAGAACAAAAACAUGAGAUGGAAUAUUCUGCAAGUUCCAAAGCUAUGUGUCAAUCAAGCUUUUGCCGUUUUUGUGUUAAUCAUUUUCAUAAUGAUGAACCAUUAGAUCAUCAUUCAAUCUUAAUACGUUUGAAUAAUUUAUUAGAAGAAAGUAAAAUAAAUGAUGCCGAGGAUUAUAUAAAAAUAAAUGAUUUAAUAAAACAAUAUAAACACAAUGAUAAUGCAAUUGAACAAUUACUCCAUUUAUAUACACUUGAAACACAUUUUUAUCGAAUAUUAAAAAAAGAUUGUUUACCAUUAGCUAUACCAUUAUUUAUACAUUUACCAAAAUUAAAAGAUCGAUUUUUCAGAGGAUGUGUUUAUCGUGGUAUGAAGAUGACAUAUGAAGAAUUAUUAAUAUAUCAAAAAGCUAUGGAAAAACCAGGAACAGUUUUACAAACACGUACAUUUUCUUCAACAUCUGUGAAUCGUUCUAUUGCAGAAGAAUUUGCAUGUUUAGAAAAGAAAGAUAAUGAAAAAAAAUUCUGUGUUUUAUUAGUAUUUGAUUUUCCUAAUACAUGUGAUCAAGCUAUUAAUCUAAGCAGAGUAUCAAAUGAUAAACCAUGUUUAAGUGAAUAUGAAGAUGAAGAAGAAGUACUUAUUUUACCAUGGACUUUAUUUGAGGUAAAACGUAUACGAGAACCAACUGAUGAAGAUAAUUUGUGUAUAAUAUAUUUAAAUAAUAUUAUGAUACAAAAAAAAAAACAUUUUCUCAACAUUUAA